GCAGAGCUCCACAUCAGCCAAUCACAUGUCUCAUGCGCCUUCACCGCACUGAGCGCGUGCUCGUUCUCGGCUUUAAAAACGGCAGCAGCGCGACAAACAACUUCAUUUUCUGUGAAGUUCUGAAGAGAAUCUGUUCGUCAUGGCAAGAACUAAACAAACCGCCCGCAAGUCCACCGGUGGAAAAGCCCCGAGGAAGCAGCUCGCUACUAAAGCCGCACGUAAGAGCGCUCCAGCCACCGGUGGAGUCAAGAAGCCUCAUCGUUACAGGCCCGGUACCGUAGCGCUGAGAGAGAUCCGCCGUUAUCAGAAGUCCACUGAGCUGCUGAUCCGCAAACUGCCUUUCCAGCGUCUGGUGAGAGAAAUCGCUCAGGAUUUCAAGACGGAUCUGCGCUUCCAGAGCUCCGCCGUCAUGGCCCUGCAGGAGUCCAGCGAGGCCUAUUUGGUCGGUCUCUUUGAGGACACCAACUUGUGCGCCAUCCACGCCAAGAGGGUCACCAUCAUGCCUAAAGACAUCCAGCUGGCCCGCCGCAUUCGUGGAGAACGCGCUUAAAUCCUCAGCGGCGUCCCUCACAUCUACCCCAAAGGCUCUUUUAAGAGCCACAUCAAUUAUACCCAAAGAGAUAUUUUCCAGUAGUUAAUAGUUUUUGAUGCUAUUGAUCCAAAGUAUAUUUGACGGAUAUGGACCAGAGCUCGUAACACUUCAAUGCUAAAAGCCAUAAAAACAUGAUUGAAUAAUAUUAUUGUAAUGGUUUCCUCUUUACUUUCAGUUUAACUGUCAUUGAAGGUGUCUCGUUCUUGUCGAAUGUGCAAAUAACAAUAUAACCUCAAUCUUGAUGUUGAAUUACAAAUAUAGAGUACUGCCUAUAACCAUAGACUUACAGUAACAUCAAUGUAAAUAUAUUUGCACGUGUGAGGUACAAUACUAGAAUAACAGUUAGUGAAAAUUAGAAUGAUACUUUUCAUUAACAGCUCAUUACCAAGAAAUGAAAUCUUCCACACACAGUUUUUAGAUGUAGAAAAGCUUGUGGGGCAAAUUUGGCUGUCUUUGGCACUGGUGGGAGCUGGUGGUCAUAAUCAGCAUCAGUCUCCUCAGAGUCAGUCUGAACAAAUGUAGGAUUUCGUCUGUGAAUGACAGCACGCAUGACAUUAUCAGAGGGUACUUUUAGGUUCAUUUUCCCCCAAACUCUAAUGCUGUGUCUAAAAUCGCCCACUCGUUCACUAAAUCACUAUUUUCUAUAUUUCAGCAGUUAGUGAACAAAAUGACGCUGACGUAAAUGCCAUGCGUCAGAGAGCACAGGAAGCCGUCGCAGACAUUUCUAUGUCAUUAACAUUUCACCUGAGUGGUUUCAUGAAUUUUAUCAUCUCGAUAUUAAAUAUGGGAGUUAUGAAGAAGGCAACGUCGGUUUCUUGAUUGGCAAUAUUUUUCUGUGAUGGAGUGUGAAGAUAAUGAAAUCUACAUUUCUCCCCAUUUCCUAUAUUUUAAUCCACUGCUCCUAAUAAAUGUAAUUAUUGCAUUCAUUUGUUCCUCCGCAUUUGGACCAUCCCCUUUUUACUUAAUUCUUUCAUGUAGCUUUAAAUCAACUUCAGGUUGUGUGAAUAACCAAGGUGGUAUCAGAGGCAUUGCAACUAUCUGAACAAAUUACUUUGUAUCUAGACCAUUUUCAUUCGCCUAUUUGUUUAUUUUCCAUGCAAAGCCUUUACCUGGUGUUAUGUUGUAUAUCCUUGAAAAACAGGUGUAUUUCUUUAAAAACAGGAUAUAUUUCUGUUAAUUAGUAGUAUUCUGACAUAUAUCCUUGAUUCUGAUAUAUAUUCUUGAUGUAUUUCUUAGAUAUCUCUCAUAUGAUAUGUUUCUGGCAUGGUGUCUUGCCUUGAUGAUUUGGAUGUAUGAUGAAUAUCUUUGGAGCUUGUAUUUUCUUUCAUUAAUCAAAUGAUAAUGUGUAGGAGCAAACAAGGCCGCCUCAUUAUGAGGGUACACUGAAAUGUAAAGAAAAGUAAACGGUCUGUGAUGAGGACAUGGCUGUUUGUCUCUUACACAGAUGUUUCAAAGUUGAUGUGUUCUUUCCAUGAACUGUGACAUAUGUCCAAGAUGUGAGAAGUUACCAGCUGUAUAUGAAAGAUAUAUGUUUUUUAUAAAAAACAGAUAGGUGGGGGAUUUUCCCCCAAUAUUUAGAGCAUAUGAAUAUGAGGUUACUAAAAGUGUUGAUGCUGCAGAGGCCACAAAGAGCACCCAGCUGUAACAAAUUUUGAGGCUAAAGACCUUGAGACACAGUUGAAGAUAAGAGGUAAAAACAACUAGUGGUCAAAUUAAUUAAAAAGGUAGACUAAAGCCAAGUUUCUACCAGUAAAAAGAUAUCAAAAGGCUCUGUGAGAUAAUGGUGGCAAAUAGUAGGGUUACAAAAAUAACGAAAGGGCGCAGAAAUGAGGUAAUGCCAGAUAACAAACUGUAUA